AGUCAGAAGACACAGUCUGUCUGGAGGAGUCCCCAAAGACUGUUCCAAUUGGUGAUGUGUGUCUAAGGAUGGCUUUUUCAACUAGUAGGAUGCUUCUCUGCACUUGCAGCCACCCAACUGCUGAAGAGCUGGAAGUCUAGUGCUCCGCCUUCCCCCGGGACCAUUUCUGAGUGUGGGUGCACACCUAUGCCUGUGUGCGUGCAGGUGUGUGCUGCUGGAGGUCUCGGUUUGGGACCUUAGUUCAUUGUAGUGAGUUGUGGGUGCUGCAGAGGCUGGAGCAAGAUUAUGACCUAGCUCGGGGGCAGAGUGGAUUAUCUUGUGAGUGUUCUGGCUGCCAGCCAUUGCCCUGGUGGAGAAAAUCACAUCUCCAUAGAGCUCUGAAAUCACCUGGAUUGCUGGGGAGUGGAAACUGAUCCUCUGCUACUGCUUCUGCUGAUUUCCUCUGCAAAAUGGCUCACGCUGCUGCUUCUAUUAAAAAAGUUCGAGAGGCUGAUCUGGAUGAAAAGGAAAAAAAUCUUGAGAGAGACAGAAAAAAACAACGGAAAAUCCCCAGAGAACGUAUGGAACGAAAAAGAAAGUCUGACAGCAAUGCAAGUUUCCUCCGUGCUGCCAGAGCAGGCAACCUGGACAAAGUCGUGGAAUAUCUGAAGGGGGGCAUAGACAUCAAUACCUGCAAUCAGAAUGGACUCAACGCUCUCCAUCUGGCUGCCAAGGAAGGCCACGUGGGGCUGGUGCAGGAGCUGCUGGGAAGAGGGUCCUCUGUGGAUUCUGCCACUAAGAAGGGAAAUACCGCUCUUCACAUUGCAUCUUUGGCUGGACAAGCAGAAGUUGUCAAAGUUCUUGUUAAGGAAGGAGCCAAUAUUAAUGCACAGUCUCAGAAUGGCUUUACUCCUUUAUACAUGGCUGCCCAAGAGAAUCACAUUGAUGUUGUAAAAUAUUUGCUGGAAAAUGGAGCUAAUCAGAGCACUGCUACAGAGGAUGGCUUUACUCCUCUAGCUGUGGCACUCCAGCAAGGACACAACCAGGCGGUGGCCAUCCUCUUGGAGAAUGACACCAAAGGGAAAGUGAGGCUGCCAGCUCUGCAUAUUGCCGCUAGGAAAGACGACACCAAAUCUGCUGCACUUCUGCUUCAGAAUGACCACAAUGCUGACGUACAAUCCAAGAUGAUGGUGAAUAGGACAACUGAGAGUGGUUUUACCCCUUUGCACAUAGCUGCACAUUACGGAAAUGUCAACGUGGCAACUCUUCUUCUAAACCGGGGAGCUGCUGUGGACUUCACAGCCAGGAAUGGAAUCACUCCUCUGCAUGUGGCUUCCAAAAGAGGAAAUACAAACAUGGUGAAGCUCUUACUGGAUCGAGGCGGUCAGAUCGAUGCCAAAACUAGGGAUGGGUUGACACCACUUCACUGUGCUGCACGAAGUGGGCAUGACCAAGUGGUGGAACUUCUGUUGGAACGGGGUGCCCCCUUGCUGGCAAGGACUAAGAAUGGGCUGUCUCCACUACACAUGGCUGCCCAGGGAGACCACGUGGAAUGUGUGAAGCACCUGUUACAGCACAAGGCACCUGUUGAUGAUGUCACCCUAGACUACCUGACAGCCCUCCACGUUGCUGCGCACUGUGGCCACUACCGUGUAACCAAACUCCUUUUAGACAAGAGAGCCAAUCCGAACGCCAGAGCCCUGAAUGGUUUUACUCCACUGCACAUUGCCUGCAAGAAAAACCGCAUCAAAGUCAUGGAACUGCUGGUGAAAUAUGGGGCUUCAAUCCAAGCUAUAACAGAGUCUGGCCUCACACCAAUACAUGUGGCUGCCUUCAUGGGCCACUUGAACAUUGUCCUCCUUCUGCUGCAGAACGGAGCCUCUCCAGAUGUCACUAACAUUCGUGGUGAGACGGCACUACACAUGGCAGCCCGAGCCGGGCAGGUGGAAGUGGUCCGAUGCCUCCUGAGAAAUGGUGCCCUUGUUGAUGCCAGAGCCAGGGAGGAACAGACACCUUUACAUAUUGCCUCCCGCCUGGGUAAGACAGAAAUUGUCCAGCUGCUUCUACAACAUAUGGCUCAUCCAGAUGCGGCCACUACAAAUGGGUACACACCACUGCAUAUCUCUGCCCGGGAGGGCCAGGUGGAUGUGGCAUCAGUCCUGUUGGAAGCAGGAGCAGCCCACUCCUUAGCUACCAAGAAGGGUUUUACUCCCCUGCAUGUAGCAGCCAAGUAUGGAAGCCUGGAUGUGGCAAAACUUCUCUUGCAACGCCGUGCUGCCGCAGAUUCUGCAGGGAAGAAUGGCCUUACCCCGCUCCAUGUUGCUGCUCAUUAUGACAACCAGAAGGUGGCGCUGCUGUUACUGGAGAAGGGUGCUUCCCCUCAUGCCACUGCCAAGAAUGGCUAUACUCCGUUACAUAUUGCUGCCAAGAAGAAUCAAAUGCAGAUAGCUUCCACACUCCUGAACUAUGGAGCAGAGACAAACAUUGUGACAAAGCAAGGAGUAACUCCACUCCAUCUGGCCUCGCAGGAGGGGCACACAGAUAUGGUUACCUUGCUUCUGGAUAAGGGAGCCAAUAUCCACAUGUCAACUAAGAGUGGACUCACAUCCUUACACCUUGCAGCCCAGGAAGAUAAAGUGAAUGUUGCUGAUAUUCUCACCAAGCAUGGAGCUGAUCAGGAUGCUCAUACAAAGCUUGGUUACACACCUUUAAUUGUGGCCUGUCACUAUGGAAAUGUGAAAAUGGUCAACUUUCUUCUGAAGCAGGGAGCAAAUGUUAACGCAAAAACCAAGAACGGCUACACGCCUUUGCACCAGGCCGCUCAGCAGGGUCACACGCACAUCAUCAACGUCCUGCUCCAGCAUGGGGCCAAGCCCAACGCCACCACUGCGAAUGGCAACACUGCCUUGGCGAUUGCUAAGCGUCUGGGCUACAUCUCCGUGGUCGACACCCUGAAGGUUGUGACUGAGGAGGUCACCACCACCACCACAACUAUUACAGAAAAACACAAACUAAAUGUACCUGAGACGAUGACUGAGGUUCUUGAUGUUUCUGAUGAAGAGGCUCUUAAACAGUUUGGUGACCACUUUAUUGAUGGGGAGGCACUUAGUGAUUCAGGUGAUGACACAAUGACUGGUGAUGGGGGAGAAUACCUUAGGCCUGAGGACCUAAAAGAACUGGGUGAUGACUCACUACCCAGCAGUCAGUUCCUGGAUGGUAUGAAUUACCUGCGAUACAGCUUGGAGGGAGGACGAUCUGACAGCCUUCGAUCCUUCAGUUCCGACAGGUCUCACACUCUGAGCCAUGCCUCCUACCUGAGGGACAGUGCCGUGAUGGAUGACUCAGUUGUGAUUCCCAGUCACCAGGUGUCAACUCUAGCCAAGGAGGCAGAAAGGAAUUCUUAUCGCCUAAGCUGGGGCACUGAGAACUUAGACAACGUGGCUCUUUCUUCUAGUCCUAUUCAUUCAGGCCGCGCCUCUCCAUGUCUUGAACGUGACAACAGCAGUUUCCUGGUUAGUUUUAUGGUGGAUGCCCGAGGUGGUGCUAUGCGAGGAUGCAGACACAAUGGGCUCCGAAUCAUUAUUCCACCUCGGAAAUGUACUGCUCCAACGCGAGUCACCUGCCGACUGGUCAAGCGCCACAGACUGGCAACAAUGCCUCCAAUGGUGGAAGGAGAAGGCCUGGCCAGUCGCCUGAUCGAAGUUGGACCUUCUGGUGCUCAGUUCCUUGGUAAACUUCACCUGCCAACGGCUCCUCCCCCACUUAAUGAGGGAGAAAGUUUGGUCAGCCGCAUUCUUCAGCUGGGGCCUCCUGGAACCAAAUUCCUUGGGCCUGUGAUCGUGGAGAUCCCUCACUUUGCGGCCCUUCGAGGAAAGGAAAGGGAACUGGUGGUCCUGCGCAGUGAGAAUGGGGACAGCUGGAAAGAGCAUUUCUGUGACUACACUGAAGAUGAAUUGAAUGAAAUUCUUAACGGCAUGGAUGAAGUACUGGAUAGCCCAGAAGACCUAGAAAAGAAACGAAUCUGCCGCAUCAUCACCCGAGACUUCCCACAGUACUUUGCAGUGGUGUCUCGUAUCAAACAGGACAGCAAUCUGAUUGGCCCAGAAGGAGGUGUGCUGAGCAGCACAGUGGUGCCCCAGGUGCAGGCCGUCUUCCCAGAGGGGGCACUCACCAAGCGGAUCCGCGUAGGCCUGCAGGCUCAACCUAUGCACAGUGAGCUGGUUAAGAAGAUCCUAGGCAACAAAGCUACCUUCAGCCCUAUAGUCACUUUGGAACCUAGAAGAAGAAAAUUCCACAAACCAAUUACCAUGACCAUUCCUGUCCCCAAAGCUUCAAGUGAUGUCAUGUUGAAUGGUUUUGGGGGAGAUGCACCAACCUUAAGAUUACUAUGCAGCAUAACAGGUGGAACCACCCCUGCCCAGUGGGAAGAUAUUACAGGAACUACGCCAUUAACAUUUGUCAAUGAAUGUGUUUCCUUUACAACAAACGUGUCUGCCAGGUUCUGGCUGAUAGAUUGUCGACAGAUCCAGGAAUCCGUUACUUUUGCAUCACAAGUAUACAGAGAAAUUAUCUGCGUACCUUAUAUGGCCAAAUUUGUAGUGUUUGCCAAAUCACAUGACCCCAUUGAAGCCAGGUUGAGGUGUUUCUGCAUGACUGAUGAUAAAGUGGAUAAGACCCUUGAACAACAAGAAAAUUUUGCUGAGGUGGCCAGAAGCAGGGAUGUGGAGGUGUUAGAAGGAAAACCCAUCUACGUUGAUUGUUUCGGCAACUUGGUACCAUUAACUAAAAGUGGCCAGCAUCAUAUAUUCAGUUUUUUUGCCUUCAAAGAAAAUAGACUUCCUCUAUUUGUCAAGGUACGCGAUACAACUCAGGAACCUUGCGGACGACUAUCAUUUAUGAAGGAGCCAAAAUCCACGAGAGGCCUGGUGCAUCAAGCUAUUUGCAACUUAAACAUCACUUUGCCGAUUUAUACAAAGGAAUCAGAGUCAGAUCAAGAACAGGAGGAAGAGAUCGAUAUGACAUCAGAAAAAAAUGAUGAGACAGAAUCUACAGAAACAUCUGUCCUGAAAAGUCACCUGGUUAAUGAAGUUCCUGUCCUAGCAAGUCCGGACUUGCUCUCUGAAGUUUCUGAGAUGAAACAAGAUUUGAUCAAAAUGACCGCCAUCUUGACCACAGAUGUGUCUGAUAAGGCAGGUUCUAUUAAAGUGAAGGAGCUGGUGAAGGCUGCUGAGGAAGAGCCAGGAGAGCCUUUUGAAAUCGUUGAAAGAGUUAAAGAGGACUUAGAGAAAGUGAAUGAAAUCCUGAGAAGUGGAACCUGCACAAGAGAUGAAAGCAGUGUGCAGAGCUCUCGGUCUGAGGGAGGAUUAGUUGAAGAGGAAUGGGUUAUUGUCAGUGAUGAGGAAAUAGAAGAGGCUAGGCAAAAAGCACCUUUAGAAAUCACUGAAUAUCCAUGUGUAGAAGUUAGAAUAGAUAAAGAGAUCAAAGGAAAAGUAGAGAAAGACUCAACUGGGCUAGUGAACUACCUUACUGAUGAUCUGAAUACCUAUGUGCCUCUUCCCAAAGAGCAGCUACAGACAGUUCAAGACAAGGCAGGGAAGAAAUGUGAGGCUCCGGCUGUUGGCAGGAGCUCUGAAAAGGAAGGGAAAGACAUACCCCCAGAUGAGACACAGAGUACACAGAAACAGCACAAACCAAGCUUGGGAAUAAAGAAGCCAGUAAGAAGGAAAUUAAAAGAAAAGCAGAAACAAAAAGAGGAAGGUUUACAAGCUAGUGCAGAGAAAGCUGAACUUAAAAAAGGUAGUUCAGAAGAGUCAUUAGGUGAAGACCCAGGUUUAGCCCCUGAACCCCUUCCCACUGUCAAGGCCACAUCUCCUUUGAUAGAAGAAACUCCCAUUGGUUCCAUAAAGGACAAAGUAAAGGCCCUUCAGAAGCGAGUGGAAGAUGAACAGAAAGGUCGAAGCAAGUUGCCCAUCAGAGUCAAAGGCAAGGAGGACGUGCCAAAAAAGACCACCCACAGGCCACAUCCAGCUGCGUCACCCUCUCUGAAGUCAGAGAGACAUGCGCCAGGGUCUCCCUCCCCUAAAACAGAAAGACACUCUACUCUUUCCUCUUCUGCAAAAACUGAAAGGCACCCUCCACUAUCACCAUCAAGUAAAACUGAGAAACACUCACCUGUGUCACCCUCUGCAAAAACGGAAAGACAUUCACCUGCGUCAUCAUCGAGUAAAACUGAGAAACACUCACCUGUAUCACCCUCGACAAAAACUGAAAGGCACUCUCCUGUGUCAUCUACAAAAACAGAAAGACACCCACCUGUUUCGCCUUCAGGCAAAACAGACAAACGUCCACCUGUAUCGCCCUCCGGGAGGACAGAAAAACACCCGCCAGUAUCGCCUGGGAGAACAGAAAAACGCUUGCCUGUUUCACCCUCCGGAAGAACGGACAAGCACCAACCUGUAUCAACAGCUGGGAAAACUGAGAAGCACCUGCCUGUGUCACCUUCUGGCAAAACAGAAAAGCAACCACCUGUAUCCCCCACUUCAAAAACAGAGAGGAUCGAGGAAACCAUGUCUGUUCGGGAGCUGAUGAAGGCUUUCCAGUCAGGUCAGGACCCUUCUAAACAUAAAACUGGACUCUUUGAGCACAAAUCAGCAAAACAAAAGCAGCCACAAGAGAAAGGUAAAGUUCGGGUAGAAAAAGAAAAGGGGCCGAUACUAACCCAGAGAGAAGCUCAGAAAACAGAGAAUCAGACAAUCAAACGAGGCCAGAGAAUCCCGGUAACGGGCACAGCAGAAUCCAAAAGAGGAGUUCGUGUUUCCUCCAUAGGAGUUAAGAAAGAAGAUGCAGCUGGAGGAAAGGAGAAAGUUCUCAGCCACAAAAUACCUGAACCUGUUCAGUCAGUGCCUGAAGAAGAAACCCACAGAGAGAGCGAAGUCCCCAAAGAAAAGAUGGCUGAUGAGCAGGGAGACAUGGAUCUACAGAUCAGCCCAGAUAGGAAAACCUCCACUGACUUCUCUGAGGUCAUUAAGCAAGAGUUGGAAGACAAUGACAAAUACCAACAAUUCCGCCUGAGUGAGGAGACAGAAAAGGCACAGCUUCACUUAGACCAAGUACUCACUAGUCCUUUCAACACAACAUUUCCACUCGACUACAUGAAAGAUGAGUUCCUUCCAGCUCUGUCUUUACAAAGCGGUGCUUUAGAUGGCAGUUCUGAAAGCCUAAAGAAUGAGGGGGUAGCCGGCUCUCCGUGUGGCAGCCUGAUGGAGGGGACCCCUCAGAUUAGUUCAGAAGAAAGCUAUAAGCAUGAAGGCCUAGCAGAGACCCCUGAGACGAGCCCAGAAAGCCUUUCUUUCUCACCAAAGAAAAGUGAGGAGCAAACUGGGGAAACAAAGGAAAGCACCAAGACAGAAACCACCACAGAAAUUCGUUCAGAAAAAGAGCAUCCCACGACCAAAGACAUUACUGGUGGCUCUGAAGAGCGAGGUGCCACAGUCACUGAGGACUCAGAGACCUCUACUGAGAGUUUUCAGAAAGAGGCCACUCUAGGCUCUCCCAAAGACACAAGCCCUAAAAGAGAAGAUGAUUGCACAGGCAGCUGUAGUGUAGCAUUAGCUAAAGAGACACCUACAGGACUGACUGAGGAGGCAGCCUGUGAUGAAGGUCAACGUACCUUUGGUAGUUCAGCCCACAAGACACAAACUGAUAGUGAGGCUCAGGAAUCCACAGCCACCUCAGACGAGACAAAGGCCUUGCCGCUGCCUGAGGCUUCUGUAAAGACAGAUACAGGAACUGAAUCAAAACCUCAGGGAGUCAUUAGAAGUCCCCAAGGGUUAGAACUUGCACUCCCUAGCCGAGAUAGCGAAGUCCUCAGCGCUGUGGCUGAUGACUCAUUAGCAGUGAGCCACAAAGACUCUCUGGAAGCCAGCCCUGUGCUAGAAGAUAACUCUUCACACAAAACCCCUGAUUCUCUGGAGCCAAGUCCUCUGAAAGAAUCUCCUUGCCGUGACUCUCUGGAAAGCAGCCCUGUUGAACCAAAGAUGAAGGCUGGAAUUUUUCCAAGUCACUUUCCUCUUCCUGCAGCUGUUGCCAAAACAGAACUCUUGACGGAAGUGGCCUCUGUGCGGUCCCGGCUACUCCGAGACCCUGAUGGCAGUGCUGAGGAUGACAGUCUUGAGCAGACAUCGCUCAUGGAGAGCUCAGGGAAGAGCCCCCUUUCUCCUGACACCCCCAGCUCUGAAGAAGUCAGCUAUGAGGUUACACCCAAAACCACAGAUGUAAGUACACCAAAACCAGCUGUGAUUCAUGAAUGUGCAGAGGAGGAUGAUUCAGAAAACGGGGAGAAAAAGAGGUUCACACCUGAAGAGGAGAUGUUUAAAAUGGUAACCAAAAUCAAAAUGUUUGAUGAACUUGAACAAGAAGCAAAGCAGAAAAGGGACUACAAAAAAGAACCCAAACAAGAAGAAUCUUCUUCAUCUUCUGACCCAGAUGCUGACUGUUCAGUAGAUGUGGAUGAACCAAAACAUACAGGCAGUGGGGAGGAUGAAAGUGGUGUCCCUGUGUUAGUAACUUCGGAGAGCAGGAAGGUGUCUUCCUCCUCAGAAAGUGAACCUGAGUUGGCACAGCUUAAAAAAGGUGCUGACUCAGGCCUUUUACCAGAACCAGUGAUUCGAGUACAACCUCCUUCUCCACUUCCAUCAAGCAUGGACUCCAAUUCCAGUCCAGAAGAAGUACAAUUCCAGCCUGUCGUUUCCAAACAAUAUACUUUCAAGAUGAAUGAAGAUACUCAGGAAGAGCCAGGCAAAUCAGAAGAAGAAAAAGAUUCUGAAUCCCAUUUAGCUGAAGACAGUCAUGCUGUUUCCACUGAGGCUGAAGACAGGUCUUAUGAUAAGCUAAACAGAGACACUGAUCAGCCAAAAAUCUGUGAUGGCCAUGGAUGUGAGGCCAUGAGUCCUAGCAGCUCAGCCGCUCCUGUCUCUUCAGGUCUACAGAGUCCGACUGGUGAUGAUGUUGAUGAACAGCCAGUCAUCUAUAAAGAAUCAUUAGCUCUCCAAGGCACUCAUGAAAAAGACACAGAGGGAGAAGAGCUUGAUGUUUCUAGAGCAGAAUCUCCACAAGCAGAUUGCCCCAGCGAAAGCUUUUCAUCUUCAUCCUCUUUGCCUCAUUGUUCGGUAUCUGAAGGAAAAGAAUUAGAUGAAGACAUAUCUGCCACAUCUUCUAUUCAAAAAACAGAGGUCACAAAAACUGAUGAAACAUUUGAGAACUUACCAAAGGACUGCCCCUCUCAAGACUCAUCCAUUACUACUCAAACAGAUAGAUUUUCCAUGGAUGUUCCCGUGUCUGACCUAGCUGAGACUGAUGAAAUCUAUGAUCCACAAAUCACUAGCCCUUAUGAAAAUGUCCCUUCCCAAUCUUUUUUCUCUAGUGAAGAAAGCAAAACCCAAACAGAUGCAAAUCACACCACAAGUUUUCACUCUUCUGAAGUGUAUUCUGUUACCGUCACAUCCCCUGUUGAAGACGUUGUAGUGGCAAGCUCCUCUAGUGGAACUGUUUUAAGCAAAGAAUCUAAUUUUGAGGGCCAGGACAUAAAAAUGGAAUCCCAACAGGAAAGUACCUUGUGGGAAAUGCAAUCAGACAGUGUCUCUUCAUCUUUCGAGCCUACUAUGUCCGCUACAACAGCAGUUGUUGGUGAACAAAUAAGCAAAGUCAUCAUCACAAAAACUGAUGUGGAUUCUGAUUCUUGGAGUGAAAUUCGGGAAGACGAUGAAGCCUUUGAGGCUCGUGUGAAAGAGGAAGAACAAAAGAUAUUUGGUUUGAUGGUAGACAGACAAUCACAGGGUACCACCCCUGACACCACUCCUGCUAGGACCCCAACUGAAGAGGGGACCCCAACAAGUGAGCAAAACCCAUUUCUGUUUCAGGAAGGAAAAUUGUUUGAAAUGACCCGAAGUGGUGCCAUUGAUAUGACCAAAAGGUCCUAUGCAGAUGAAAGUUUUCACUUUUUCCAAAUUGGUCAAGAAUCCAGGGAAGAGACUCUCUCUGAAGAUGUGAAAGAAGGGGCUACUGGGGCUGAGCCCCUACCACUGGAGACAUCGGCUGAAUCACUAACACUUUCAGAAUCAAAAGAAACAGUGGAUGAUGAGGCAGACUUACUUCCCGAUGACCUGAGUGAGGAAGUAGAGGAAAUACCUGCUUCGGAUGCUCAACUUAACUCCCAAAUGGGGAUUUCAGUCUCCACUGAAACACCUACAAAAGAGGCUGUUAGUGUAGGGACCAAGGACCUCCCCACCGUGCAAACGGGUGAUAUACCUCCUCUCUCUGGUGUAAAGCAGAUAUCCUGCCCCGACUCUUCUGAACCAACUGUACAAGUCCAGUUAGAUUUUUCCACACUCACCAGGUCUGUUUAUUCAGAUAGGGGUGAUGAUUCUCCCGAUUCUUCCCCAGAAGAACAGAAAUCAGUAAUCGAGAUUCCUACUGCACCCAUGGAGAAUGUGCCUUCUACUGAAAGCAAAUCCAAAAUUCUUGUAAGGACUAUGCCCACUUCCACCCCAGCACCUCCAUCUGCAGAGUAUGAGAGUUCAGUUUCUGAAGAUUUUCUAUCCAGUGUAGAUGAGGAAAAUAAGGAGGAUGAAGCAAAACCAAAGUCCAAACUCCCUGUCAAAGUACCCCUCCAAAGAGUUGAACAGCAGCUCUCAGAUCUAGACACCUCUGUCCAGAAGACAGUGGCUCCUCAGGGACAGGACAUGACAAGCAUCGCACCAGAUAAUAGAAGCAAAUCUGAAUCUGAUGCUAGUUCUUUGGAUUCAAAGACCAAAUGCCCAGUAAAAACCCGAAGUUACACUGAGACAGAAACAGAGAGCAGAGAGAGGGCCGAGGAACUUGAGUUAGAAUCAGAAGAAGGGGCCACAAGACCAAAGAUACUUACAUCCCGAUUGCCAGUUAAGAGCAGAAGCACUACAUCUUCCUGCAGGGGGGCCACAAGCCCCACAAAAGAAAGUAAGGAGCAUUUCUUUGACCUUUACAGAAAUUCCAUAGAAUUCUUUGAGGAGAUUAGUGAUGAGGCUUCCAAGUUAGUGGAUAGGCUGACACAGUCAGAGAGGGAGCAGGAAAUAGUUUCAGACGAUGAAAGUAGUAGUGCCCUGGAAGUAUCAGUAAUUGAAAAUCUGCCACCUGUUGAGACCGAGCACUCAGUUCCUGAGGACAUCUUUGACACAAGGCCCAUUUGGGAUGAGUCUAUUGAGACUCUGAUUGAACGCAUCCCUGAUGAAAAUGGCCAUGACCAUGCUGAAGAUCCACAGGAUGAGCAGGAACGGAUCGAGGAAAGGCUGGCUUAUAUUGCUGAUCACCUUGGCUUCAGCUGGACAGAAUUAGCAAGAGAACUGGAUUUCACUGAGGAGCAAAUUCAUCAAAUUCGAAUUGAAAAUCCCAACUCUCUUCAAGACCAGAGUCAUGCACUGUUGAAGUACUGGCUAGAGAGGGAUGGGAAACAUGCUACAGAUACCAACCUCGUUGAAUGUCUCACCAAGAUCAACCGAAUGGAUAUUGUUCAUCUCAUGGAGACCAACACAGAACCCCUCCAGGAGCGCAUCAGUCAUAGUUAUGCAGAAAUUGAACAGACCAUUACACUGGAUCAUAGUGAAGGGUUCUCGGUACUUCAAGAGGAGUUAUGCACUGCACAGCACAAGCAGAAAGAGGAGCAAGCUGUUUCUAAAGAAAGCGAGACCUGCGAUCACCCUCCUAUCGUCUCAGAGGAAGACAUUUCUGUUGGUUAUUCCACUUUUCAGGAUGGCGUCCCCAAAACUGAGGGGGACAGCCCAGCAACAGCACUCUUUCCCCAAACUCACAAGGAGCAAGUUCAACAGGAUUUCUCAGGGAAAAUGCAAGACCUGCCUGAAGAGUCAUCUCUGGAAUAUCAGCAAGAAUAUUUUGUGACAACUCCAGGAACAGAAGCAUCAGAGACUCAGAAGGCUAUGAUAGUACCCAGCUCUCCCAGCAAGACACCUGAGGAAGUUAGCACCCCUGCAGAGGAGGAGAAGCUGUACCUCCAGACCCCAACAUCCAGUGAGCGGGGAGGCUCUCCCAUCAUACAAGAACCCGAAGAGCCCUCAGAGCACAGAGAGGAGAGCUCUCCGCAGAAAACCAGCCUCGUAAUAGUGGAGUCUGCCGAUAACCAGCCUGAGACCUGUGAAAGACUCGAUGAAGAUGCAGCUUUUGAAAAGGAGCUAACAGAGGAAUUAGGGGAGCUGGAGGCCAGCUCAGAUGAGGAGGCGAUGGUAACUACCAGGGUUGUCCGCCGGCGAGUGAUUAUUCAGGGAGACGAUAUGCCUGAAAUACCCCCAGAAACAGUCACAGAAGAAGAAUACAUUGAUGAGCACGGACACACCGUGGUAAAGAAGGUUACUAGGAAAAUCAUUAGGCGGUAUGUAUCCUCUGAAGGCACAGAGAAAGAAGAGAUUAUGGUGCAGGGAAUGCCACAGGAACCUGUCAACAUCGAGGAAGGGGAUGGCUAUUCCAAAGUUAUAAAGCGUGUUGUAUUGAAGAGUGACACCGAGCAGUCAGAGGUCACUUUGUGUGAGCCCAGCAUUUUGUCCAGUACCUCACAAUUUCAGGCUGAGCCAGUGGAAGGCCGUAGAGUCAGCAAAGUUGUUAAAACAACUGUGGUACGUGGAGAGAGGAUGGAGAAACAUCUGGGGGAUUCUAGUUUAGCCACUGAUCUUCCUUCAGCCAAAGAUGACUUUGAAGAGGCUUUGAGUUACACAGGUAGCCACAUGAAAGUCCACUUACCCAGUUUAGUAGAGAAUGAAAUCCUGAAAGAGGAUGGAUCAAUAAUUAAAAGGACAACAAUGAGUAAAGCCAUCACACAGAAGAGGGCUGUGGUGAAGGACCAGCAUGGAAAACGCAUUGACUUGGAGCACCUGGAGGAUGUACCAGAAGCACUAGACCAGGACGACCUCCAGCGCGAUCUCCCGCAGCUCCUUCGGCAUUUCUGCAAGGAGGACUUGAAGCAAGAGGCCAAGUGAGGGGCUGCCCAGUUCUCACACCAGAAACCACACAUUCACUCGAUAUGCAGCUUCCUGUUUCAGUAGGGGAGUGACCUAACUGGCCUAAUUAAUGGGAUACCCCGACAUUUCCACCGUUAGCAAAUAUACGGCAUUUUGUUUUAGUUUUCCCCCAUCCUCUUUAACUAUAAAGCUAAUUUGUGACCAAAGAUGGCAUCCUUCAUACUGGAUGCUGUAUCCAAUACUUUGUUGUGUCUGUGCUAACCUGGGAACUGGCCACCUCCAUUGUUCUUUGCUUCUGCACAAGAUCCAUGAAAAUCCAUUGAUCAGAAGAACUUCACCUGCAGACCUCUUCAAGUGACACUAUGUAGGAGUCCUUCCAAGGAAUAUCUAUGUACAAUGUAUAUAGCUGAAAUGCUCAGAUGAACAACAUCUUAAAAUUAAAACCACUGCCUAUUGUAACUACACUGGGCAUCAGAAUAAAAGGCCUCUAGAAAUUGCUGAACAAUGGUUAAUUAAGAUAUUGCUAACACAAUCGAGUGAUAAUACAGUUUUACUGCAAAAGAAGCACUUCAAACCUAUUAUGUCCUUAGAACUUCCAGAGUAGCCACUGCUCCCAGUUAAAGGUGGGUCAGUAGCCUGGCAGAACUGUCCUGAGAAGUUAUUGCUGGUGCUGGCCAGCCAUGGCUUAGGACUCCAACAGCCACUCUGAGGGAGGGGAGAAGGGAGCAGAGGCCACGCAGAAUGAAACGAUGGGGUAUUCAGUGGCUAGCAGCUACAUUGUGUGGCAUUCUAGCAUCUUCAGGUCUUUAGAUCUUGGACAAGUUGGCAGGGUAUUUUAAAAGCUAUAACUACUGUAGUUUUCCAGUUUUCAUUGCUGCUUUAGCAAACCACGCUGUCUUACAGUGGUACUUUCUUCUGGCCACUGCACUGUAGAUAAUUCAUUGGAAACAAGAUUUACCCACUACAUAAAAGGUUAAACUCCUUCAGUAUGUUGGAGUGGUUUCUUUUUUUUUUCUUUCUUUCUUUUUUUUUUUUUUCAGGUUUAUAUCUUCUCUAAUACCUGCAUGUGGCGUUUAAAAAUCAAGACCACGGUCAAACCCCUCUUCUAAUCACAUUAAUUGUUUCCAUUCUUUUUACCCUGAGUGAGCACUUUUCACUUUCCAGCUAGGUCUGUUUUUCAGCUUGCAGACAAGAUUGAGAAAUCCUUGAAAAUUUGGUUUUGGUUAAAAUUUUUGGUUUAUUUAUUUGAAAUCCACACUCCCUUGGAAACUCUUAAGUGCAUUUGUGCACUUCUGUUUGUUUGUCUCAAAGAAGGGACUGUAACAAUCUGAGUAAUUUCCAUGUCCUCUUCCUUAUUCCUCUAGUGGUUGAAGCUGUGUAGCAUUUUAACAUAUAUAUAUUCACAAAUAUAUUCAUAUAAACAGUAUACAUUUUGAAUCAGUCAUUUGUUAAAGAAAAGUAUAUUCAAUGAAGAUGAAAUUUAAAUAAAAAAGGACAGAGUCUAUCCUCCAGGGAUUGAACAUUUUCCAAUUAUCUGGUCUUUUCCUGUUGUGCAAAAAUGACUCAUUGCUCCGAAUGUCAAAAACAAAUGCGACAAACAAUGGCACUUCAUCAUUUAAAGUAAUGUUGCCAAGAGAAAAAAUUUCCUGGGAGGGAGGUUUCCCACAAGCCAAAUCUCCUAAGCCUCAAAUGCUAGCACUUUUUGGCAGUUGGAUAGGAAAUGAAACAUUCUUUGGCAGCCAAAAUAAGAGAGGCCGAUGGUGAAACUUUUUGAGACACCCUAUGGCCUUCUUGUCAAAACCUUCACUGGAGCUCAAGAAAAGCAUUUCUGUUGUGUUAUUUGCAGUGCAGAUGAUGUCUGUGUAACAACAUAAUGGUUAUUCACCUUUUUUUGAUUUUGAUUUUUGCUGUGUUAUCAAAAACUUGGAUACUGUGAGAAGAAGUGAAUUUUCAGUUGACGAAUCAGCAUCUUGUUCCCAUGGUGAUAACACUAAUUGAAUAUAUCUAUGAGGGCAUGUAUUAGUUAAUGGAAAAAAAAUACAACACUAACAAUACAUAGCUGCAAUGUGUACAAUGGCUGAUUUAAUUAAAUAAAAUGUACAAGUGUUAAAUGUG